GUGGCGGGGCCGGGCCGGGCCGCGCGGAGCGGAGCAAAGCGGGCGGCCCCGGCGUUGGUACUGCCCGGGGCGGAGAGGGCCGGGCAGGGCAGGUGGGUCGGCCGGCCGGCGUUAUCCCCAUGGAGCGGGGGAAGAUGGCGGAGCUGGAGAGCCUGGAGACGGCGGCGGAGCAUGAACGGAUCCUGCGGGAGAUCGAGAGCACCGACACGGCCUGCAUCGGCCCCACGCUCAGGUCUGUCUAUGAUGGAGAAGAACACGGUCGUUUCAUGGAAAAACUAGAAGCACGAAUCAGAAACCAUGAUCGUGAGAUUGAGAAAAUGUGCAACUUCCAUUACCAGGGCUUUGUGGACUCCAUCACGGAGCUGCUGAAAGUUAGAGGAGAAGCUCAAAAACUGAAGAAUCAAGUGACGGACACCAACAGAAAGCUGCAGAAUGAAGGAAAGGAAUUGAUAAUAGCAAUGGAAGAGCUGAAGCAAUGCCGAUUACAACAGAGAAAUAUUUCAGCGACGGUUGAUAAGCUAACACUGUGUCUUCCUGUCCUGGAGAUGUACAGCAAACUACGAGAGCAAAUGAAAUCUAAAAGACACUACCCUGCGCUGAAGACCCUUGAGCACCUUGAGCACACAUACCUGCCCCAAGUGAGCCACUACCGCUUCUGCAAGAUCAUGGUAGAUAAUAUUCCAAAGCUGCGUGAAGAGAUCAAAGAAGUUUCCAUGUCAGACCUCAAGGAUUUCCUAGAGAGUAUCCGUAAGCACUCUGACAAGAUUGGAGAGACGGCAAUGAAACAGGAUUGCAGAUACAAUCAGUGGAAAAUAAUUGCCAAGAUAUUCUUCAGUCUUCUGCUCUCUCCAAAUAUUAAGGCACAGCAGCAACGAAACCUGGACAAUAUUGUAUCACAGCAUCCCAGGAUAAGCGGGGGGAAGAAGUCCAAGAAAGAAGUCUGUGCAAGCUCAGAUCUGGAGGUAAAAAACACUAGCCCCAUGUCUGAGCAAGAUUCGGGUAUCCUGGAUGUUGAAGAUGAGGAUGAGGAUGAAGAGGUGCCUGGGGCCCAAGACCUAGUGGACUUCUCACCGGUGUACCGAUGCCUGCACAUAUACUCUGUCCUGGGUGCCAGAGAAACCUUUGAGAACUACUAUAGGAAGCAGAGAAGAAAACAAGCCAGAUUAGUCCUUCAGCCUCCUUCAAACAUGCAUGAAACUUUAGAUGGCUACAGGAAAUAUUUUAAUCAAAUUGUAGGGUUUUUUGUAGUUGAAGAUCACAUCUUGCAUACAACGCAGGGCUUGGUAAAUAGAGCCUAUAUUGAUGAGCUGUGGGAGAUGGCGUUAUCAAAAACUAUUGCAGCACUAAGAACACAUUCAUCCUACUGCUCAGACCCGAGCCUGGUGUUAGACUUGAAGAACCUCAUUGUCCUCUUUGCAGAUACACUCCAGGGCUAUGGCUUCCCGGUGAACCAACUCUUUGACAUGCUGUUGGAGAUCCAAGACCAGUAUAGUGAAACCCUGCUGAAGAAAUGGUCAGGAGUUUUCAGAAAUAUACUUGAUUUGGAUAACUACAGUCCCAUCCCAGUGGCAAAUGAAGAAGUUUAUAAGAAAAUAGUUGGACAGUUUCCAUUCCAGGAUGCAGAACUUGAAAAGCAACAGUUUCCAAAGAAGUUCCCCUUUUCUGAGUUUGUGCCUAAAGUUUACAAUCAGAUUAAGGAAUUCAUCUACGCCUGUCUGAAGUUUUCGGAAGACCUUCAUCUGAGCUCCACGGAAGUUGAUGAUAUGAUUAGAAAAUCUACAAAUCUGCUGCUGACCCGAACACUGAGCAACUGUUUACAGAAUGUCAUCAAGAGGAAAAACGUCGGGCUGACGGAGCUUGUACAGAUUAUUAUAAAUACGACCCAUUUGGAGAAAUCCUGCAAGUUCCUAGAGGAAUUCAUAACCAAUAUCACUAAUGUACUUCCAGAAACUGUCCACACUACCAAACUCUACGGGACCACAACCUUCAAGGAUGCCCGCCAUGCUGCUGAGGAGGAGAUUUACACUAACCUGAACCAGAAGAUAGACCAGUUCUUGCAGCUGGCAGACUACGACUGGAUGGCCAUGGAGCCGGGCAGCAAGGCCAGCGACUACCUUGUAGAUCUCAUUGGCUUUCUACGCAGCACGUUUGCUGUGUUCACCCACCUACCGGGGGAUGUAGAUGUCCACUCUACAAUGUCGGGGAAGGUGGCACAGACAGCUUGCAUGUCAGCAUGCAAACACCUCUCCACCUCACUGAUGCAGCUGCUGCUGGAAGCUGAAGUGCGGCAGCUGACGCUGGGCGCCUUGCAGCAGUUCAACCUGGACGUGGAGGAGUGUGAACAGUUUGCCAGAUCCGGCCCAGUGCCUGGGUUCCAAGGGGACACGCUGCAGUUGGCCUUCAUCGACUUGAGACAACUCUUAGAUCUGUUCAUCCAGUGGGACUGGUCGACGUAUUUGGCUGACUAUGGGCAACCCACAUGCAAGUACCUUCGCGUGAACCCGACGACAGCCCUCAUUCUGCUGGAAAAGAUGAGAGACACGAGCAGAAAAAACAAUGUUUUUGCCCAGUUUCGGAAAAACGAGAGGGACAAGCAGAAGCUGAUCGACACCGUGGCCAAGCAGCUCCGCAGCCUGAUCAACAGCCAUCACUCAUGAGGGACUUGAGGACAACCUGCCUGCGCCGGUCCCUGCACCACAGCCUUCCACAUGCCUGGACUUGGGAUUCUUGUUCAGAGAGAAUAUAUGUAUUUUUUUAUUCACCUGUAUAGUAUUCAUGAAACCUACCCUGAUAACAAAACGUUCCUUGUUAAACAAUCCCGGGAAGAUAGGCGACACUCCUUGUGAAGGUGGUGUCAGGAGUCUUCUAUUAUAAACUCCUAUUUUCAGGGGUUUAUAAAAUGACGGUAAAUCAUGAAGCCUGAGAGAGAAGUUCACACCCAGACUAUUAUUUUUUUUUUAUAAGCCAAAUUGAAAGAAUCAGUCUGACUUCCUUUUGUUAACUUAUUCAGUUGCAGAACAAACGAAAACAAAAAAUAUAGGGAGGAGUCAUGGUUUCAGGUUCUUCUCAUGGGCUCCGGUAAAAGGAGCACACGUUUAGAAAGAGGGUCACCCAUUAGCUUGUCUUGCCAACUUGCAUAUUGUAUUUAGGUAGAAAAAGAGGCAAACUGAUUUCCCAGCUUUUCUCCUCUUUUUCCUGUAAGGGCUGAUUUCCACCUUAGGCUGCAGAUCGCUGGAGAUUGAGCCUUUUCCUGUGCAUCUGUAAGUCAGCGUAGCCACCCCCUGAGCUCCACCUCUAGGACCUGCCGAUGUCUUUUGGACCUGCACUGGAUGUAGAAGGGCUUCAAGAGCUGCCUCGUUAAUUAGGUUUGGAAAGGGAGACACAGAAGGUAACCUGGCAUGGUGUCCUGAGGUACCGGUCUGGCGCUGGGAUGCUGCUGUCUGUAUCCAGCACGGUCGGGUAGCAGGGGAGGAGGGAUGUUCAGCAGGGAUGGUGCAAGGGCAGACCGGGCUCUCCCAGUGUCCAGGGCACUCCAUUCAGAUUUUUCUCCUCUCCUUGCACCACUUCCGUGCUGGUGUCCCAUCUUCCCUCUCCUCCUGAUACUCUGGCUUGCACUGCAUGAGGAGCAGCCCUGCAAACUCACUUCUGGCUGAGCGGGAACCUCCUGGAGGUCCCCAGAGUAGAGGCAGCGGGAGAUGCCCCGUAGAGCAGCAUCACUCAGCAGCCCCCAGCUCAGAAAUGCCUACAGACAAAAUCCCCCUCUGUGUUCUGGAGGUGCCCAAACAUCAUCUGCUCAAAUCAAGACAGCCUUUGAGGAGGACAGUAACUCUACCAACAGGACUUUAAUCCCAGGGUUCGGGUUACAGAGAGAGGGGACUUUCGUCCUUAUCUUCUCAUUACCCUUUUGACUCUAAUUACUGCAGGUGAAAGCUUAUCCAGCCAGUUCCCCCACCUCCCGAACACUGAUGUUAAAGGGAAUUUAAAUCUUCCUAGUGUAUGUUAUGGCCCUGGCAGCGCUGUUUCAGCAGGGGCACAAGUUGUGCCCGUUUCCUACCCUUGUUUGAAAGCAGUGGGUGCUCAGAUCUCCAGCCACUUCUGGAAGCAGAGGGGUGUUUUGCUGACCUGCAGAGCGAGGUUCCUUCUCCCUCCCCUCCCUGGGCUCGGACUCCCUGACUUGUUCAAGCAUGGUGUUUGCGGAAGGACAGGAGCAGUUACUCGGUGCAUUCAGUCCCUCUGCUCUCUGACCACAUGCACUUUUUGCUGUGUGUUUCUUGCCUGGGAAACUCUUCUGACACUCAAGCUCUGUAUGCACAAAGGGGACGGUGCUUUAUCUUCCCUCCUUGUUCCUCAGCAAUACUUAUUUUUGUUUGUUUUCUUUUUGAUAAGGGUACGUGUUAAUUAACCCUGAAAGUAAAUAGGCACCUUGUCAGCAAUGACUUUCUGGGGCUGUCGUCCUGUCCCAGCAGCCUCCAGCCACAAGGACCAGUGGAUUAUUUUCAUUAAUAGGAGGGAAGAGCCAAACUUGGCUUUAUGCUUCCUUGUUUUUGGACGGGGGAUCAGAGGUUACUUUUUUCUUAAUGCCUCUUUGAAGUACUUGUAAGGAGCAUGGAGGAAAAAAGAAGCAGCUGAAUGAAAGUUGGUGUUAGCAUGGCCAGAAAGGGAUCGUCUUUGCAGAUACAUCUACAUAUGACCCAGCAAAGGCUUUCAGAGGGACAAAUGAAAAUGAACUUGGUCCAUUCCCUGCUGGCAACCUUUUUCCUGCUCUCCAAAAUGCUGGACCUGAGCAUGAACCAGCCUGGGGGCUUCGCCAUGGCCCCUGUGAGCCCCAGGGGAUCCCCAGCUUGAUCUUAGCAUCCCAAACCCUGCACAACCAAGAAGGAAAAGUUACCCAGCUUCCCGGACUCCAGUAGGAAACUCUUCCUCACUGAAUUGCUGGGAAGGAAGCAGACCAGUCCCUAUGGUCCUGGCAGCGACGGGGGAGCCCUCAGCCCUCCGGCCAAGAUGUGUCCCGUGAGCAGCAGGACCAUGGGGCACUUUAUUCCUCCUCCCCAUCCUUUGGCAGUGCCACCGUGGGAGAGAUGUGGGGACACGAGUGUGAAGGGGGUCACAGAAGCAGGGGGGAUCGGCUGGUUCAAUCAUCAAACCUGAGCUUCUACCCAGAGGAUGGAGAUCGAAACAAAAACCCCAGCUUCCCCAGUAGCAGGGGAAGCUUCAAUCCACAGGGCACUUCAGUUAAGGGCCAUUAAAUAGUAACAAGCACUUUAAAAUCCUUCAGAAUGAAGCUGCUACAGAUGCUGGCAACGGCGUCACUGAGCAUCAGCAAGCAUGACAAAUAAGGCAUGCUGGCAUUUCCAGUUUUUAUUAGGGGGAGGACAGACUGUCAAACACAAUUUUUAAUCGCUUCUUUCAGCCACUGGCUUUGCUGCCAGCCGAGGUAGGUGGUGCUUUGCAGCCGGGAUGAUUUUUCUCUCCUCCGUGCUAGGUGUGGGAUGAAGGGAGAAGGAGCAGGCACUGCAGGGCAGCAUCGCCUCUGGUCCCCGAGGAAUGGGGAAGGGGCUUUGAGCUCCUGUUGGUGCGAGUGGAAAAAAGCAUACAGCUCUUGCCACCGCCUUGAAACUCCAUUUUUUUCCCCCCCAAGGGAUAACCCCUAUAUUGCAUUGCACGAGGUACACCUUCAAAAAAUUCCCAAAGCAGCUGUGUCUUGGGGCAAGACCUUGUUUCAGAUGCUCCAGACAGCUCCCAGCCUUCCCCAUCCCACAUCUGGGCUCUCUUUCCCAUCUCCACUGAGCUUUAGUUAAAAAAAGUGCGACACGGCAUUGCCAUGCCUUCCAGGGAUGGAUUUCCUCGCUCCUUUAAGCUCUGUUCGGAGAGGCUGGGAUUGGGAUCCUGUGAACCGGCUUCUGGCACUCAGGACUUGCUGCUGGGAAAGUCAGGCUCGGCCAAGGGAGAGAUUCAGCGAGUUUCUGAUUUCGGGAGGUCAAGCACCUAACCGCAAGUCACAGACCGGGAUGAAAAAUGGCAUUUUGGUGCUCUGGUCCUAAUUAACUUUUUGUUCCAAGAGAUGCAGUUCCAUCCCUUCAAAAUAAAAUUAAUCUUUUAAAUAGAUUGCUUAAAAAGCCCUGGAAGACAUUUAAAAUCCCCUCUAAAUCUUUUACUAAUGAUUGGUAUCCUCCGAUACGGAUGGUAUUGCUUAUGAGGGAAGGGUUGUUGCUAUAAAUUUAUAAGGGGGGUUGGAAACAGGGGCAGAACUCACUGCUGUAAUCAAACAUUUGCAACCCCCAAAACAAAUAAUGCUGCUAUUAACACCUCCAUGUACAUACAUUGAACCUCCCUUAUUUUUUUAAGCAGAGGCUAUAGAGAAGACUGGGUUAUCCCUCUCUCUUCCCCCACCCAGCAAAAAUAUUUCAGCACCAGUGGGAAAAAAAAAUAUUAAUAGGAAAGACAAUUUUGGCUUUCUGAGAAGUAUCUGCACAUCUUAUCUUCUUUAUAAUUUUCAGGGGUUGUGUAGGCAGCCCAGAGGUUGGGAAUAAUUUUAUAUAAGGUCUCCAAAGUGUUAACUUUGCAGCCCAAACCAUACCUAUACAUGAGGGGGAUGGCCUCUGUUGGACAUGAGCACGUGUGCAUGUGUGUGAGAGAGAGGAGGAGAUUUUUUUUUUAUGUGGGUUUUUUUUUUUUAUUCCUAGGGCUGGAGUUCAAGUCAGAUGCUCUUAGCGAUUUUGCACUUUGUUCUACAUCCAACCGCAACUCCAGGCUCUGAUGGGGUUGGGGGGGGGAAGAAGCUGGCUGGUGCUUUGUUCGAGGGGCUGGUUUGGUUUUGUUUUCUUAAAAAUUGACUGCUUUUGUGCCACUAUGAAAACGGGUGUUUGGGCAGAAGGUGUGGGUGUUUGCACGCUGGCUCCAAACUGUUGGGGAGAUGCUGGGAGGCAGCCUGGAAAGCAGAGGCUGGGACGGAGCCGGAACCACUCCGGUGGCAUUGGCUGCUGUCGGCACCUCCUGCGCUGAAAUUGUUUUUAGGGUAAAAUCUUUUACCCCCUGAGGUAGCAAUGACGGGAAGUGGCAGGUGAGGGAGGUUUGCAGUAGGUGUCCCUCCAGCAUCCAUUCAAAACCCCAGGCAGAGACAUCUUUGCCCUUGGUCGUUGCCUACCUCUCCGCCACACCUUAGUUUGGCUUUUCUCUAAUUCUGGGUUAGGUUUGCUGCUUUUUUAAAGCGUCAAAGAUGCUUUGAUGAGAGACCCCAGAGACCCCGUGUGUCCGUCCCACCCCCAGUGUGAGUCGUGUGUUUAUCACACUGCUGGGGAGCUCGAAGGGAACACAACUCGCAAAUGAAUCUCAUGACAAAUGACUUCAAGAUGGGCCCUUCUCUGCUGUCAGCUGGGACAGUUGUGAGUUUGAGGGAGGCGACCCAAAUAUACCAUGGUCUGGGCAGGAUUCACCCCAAAAACAGGGCGUGGAGGGAGGGGGGCUGAGGCUGUGACCUGAGGACUGAUUGAUAUGCUCCACCUCCAAAGAUGCUGCCGCGCUGGUCUCAAGCCCCCCUUAUGGACCCAGGGCCAUGCUGGGUGCUCAGGGCCGGGCUGGGGGCGCUUUGGCCAGAGUGAGCAUCCAUCCCACCUGCAGCUCCUCCGGCUCAAGGGCAGCACCCCAAAACCUCCACGGGCAACUCGGCAGCGUGCGUCUGGAAUCCAGUCUGCACUGAGUUGCUUUCUACCUUGGCUCGUCCCUCUGAUCUUAUUUUGACAUGAAAACACACCCGCGCCCUCAUCCCCAUCCCUCCCUGUCCACUGGCUGCUCGUGUUGCCUUUUCUCAUAUUUUUGGGGGAAAGAAGGACAUGAUUUUGUAAACUAAUGUGGUGAAAACAGCUUUUUUUGCACAAGUCGUUGCACAAUAAGGGGAAAAUUUAGUAAAUUAGGUUUAACUUUAAAGGGAACUUUUUUUUCCUUAAAACUCACUAGCAGAGCUACUGAUUAAAAGAAAAAAAAAGAGAUGGACUAAUUAAAAAAGGACUGCAUGGUUUACAGGUUAAAUUGCGUUAGAAAAUAGCAUGUUGAUUUCAACUGUACAUUUAUCCUAUUGUAACUUCUAUUAAACAAUACAGCAUAUAACUGUUUAAAUAAGCGCCUGUGGCUGUGUGCAUUGCUGCAAAGGCGCUGCCUUUGCCUUCACCUCACCAGAAAAAAAUCCUAAAUCCCAUAAAAGACAAAA